UUUCUAAAGCGUCUCUGCCGUCGGUCUCCCAUCGCUCCCCUACACGAAACGUAUGACCUGUCUCUGGCCUUGGCGGCGUGCGGUCGGUGUGGCGCUGCUAGUUGACAGCUGUUUGUCUUGUUUAAUUUACUGUAACUAGCUUUCUGUCCGGCUUGUGGGCAGUUGACGUGGGCGCUGUGUUACAGCAGAGCUGAGCCACAAUGCUGAAAUGUAGGACGGUGUGUAAAAAACUUGUGCCUCUCGUUCGAGCCUCAUCAACAGCCUGCCGGCAGAAUGUGAGAAGACCAGGGUUGAACAAUGUCAGAAUACCUACGUGUGUCCCUGUGGCUCACAUGUCCACCGGGCUGUUGGGGGGAGGUGGAGACAACCUAAAGUACGCCCUCGUGUUGGGAGCAACUUUUGUUGGUGGUCUGGCAUAUACUCUUAUAACCUUGAAGGAAGAUCAUGAAAUAUAUAUGAAACGUAUGGAAAGAUCAACCUCCCACAUCCAGUCAGAGCCGCCCACUCUUUCUGAGCCGAAGCCCGAAGCUGCAUCUUCACCAGAGGAACCGAGCCCCCCGCCUGAGGCAGCAGCACCCGUCGCAAAGGCAGCAGCCCCCAGUGAAACAAGUGAACCACCUCCAGCUGAUGAUUUGGUCACACUAGCAGAACCCUCUGCAGCAGAACCUCCUGAGCUUCAGCCUGAAGGUUUGACAAAAAGUGCAGCAGACUCCACACCUCCCUCCCACAGGCUGCCCUCUCACACCCCCUACCUCCUGAUUGGAGGAGGCACCGCCUCUUUCGCUGCAGCACGAUCAAUUCGAGCCAGAGACCCCGGUGCUAAAGUUCUCAUUGUGACCGAUGAGCUGGACCUUCCUUACAUGAGACCACCUCUUUCUAAAGAGCUGUGGUUUUCUGAUGAUCCCAGUGUGACAGAAACGCUGCGCUUCAAACAGUGGAACGGAAAAGAAAGAAGUAUUUACUUCCAGCCGCCGUCAUUUUACAUCAAUCCAGAGGAUUUGGACAGCGCAGAAAAUGGAGGAGUGGCUAUUCUCACCAACAAAAAGGUGGUUCACAUGGACGUGAGGGGAAACAAAGUCAAACUGGACGAUGACACUGAGAUUUCAUACGACAAGUGUUUGAUUGCUACAGGUGGCGUUCCAAGAACUCUGCAGGUACUGGAAAGAGCGGGAGAGGAGGUGAUGAAGAGGACGAGUUUGUUUCGUAAGAUUGAUGACUUCAAAUCCCUGGACAAGGUCUCAAGAAGCGUAAACUCCAUCACAAUAAUUGGAGGUGGUUUCCUGGGCAGCGAGCUGGCCUGCGCUCUUGGCAGGAAAUCAACAGAAUCUGGACUGGAGGUCGUACAGAUGUUCCCUGAGAAGGGCAACAUGGGGAAGGUGCUGCCUGAGUAUCUGAGCAACUGGACCACAGAAAAAGUCAAGAAAGAGGGUGUGAAAAUCAUCUCCGAAGCGCUGGUGAAAUCUGUGGCUUACAAAGAUGAUAAACUGGAAAUCCAGCUGAAAGAUGGCCGAUUGGUGAGAACGGAUCACAUUGUUGCAGCAGUUGGCCUGGAGCCCAACGUAGAUCUCGCCAAGUCAGCCGGUCUGGAGGUGGACUCUGACUUCGGUGGUUAUCGAGUUAAUGCAGAGCUUCAAGCUAGGUCCAAUAUUUGGGUGGCUGGAGAUGCUGCGUGCUUCUACGACAUCAGAUUGGGCCGCAGAAGAGUCGAGCAUCACGAUCACGCCGUCGUCAGUGGGAGACUGGCAGGAGAAAACAUGACCGGAGCCAACAAACCUUACUGGCAUCAGUCUAUGUUCUG